AUGUGCCUACGGAGAAAGGGAAGCUGCGGUCCAAAAUCGAAAUUGAAAACAUUCAAUCUGGAAGGCAUUGCCGACUUCAUAAAUACAGAAAAACCACGAAAUAUUAUUGUCAUGAGUGGAGCAGGCAUUUCUACCUCAGCUGGAAUACCUGAUUUCAGAAGUCCCGGAAGCGGGUUAUACGAUAAUCUACAAAAGUACAAUCUUCCUGAUCCACAGGCAGUCUUCGAUAUAUCGUUCUUCCGUAGAAAUCCAGAGCCUUUUUACGACUUAUGCAAACAACUCUUCCCUGAAACUUUGAAUCCAACACCCUGUCACUUCUUUGUUAAGCUGCUUCAUAAGAAGGGUAUACUACGAAGAUGGUUCACGCAGAAUAUCGACUCAUUAGAAUUUAUCACUGGCGUGCCUGACGAGAAAAUAGUUUGUGCUCAUGGGAAUCAUCACACAAGCACUUGUCUCAAAUGCCACAAAAAAUACGAUAUGCAGUGGAUCACAGAUCGCAUAAAGGAUCCAGCCUGCAAAGUUCCAAAAUGUGAAAAAUGUGAUGGUGUGGUAAAACCAGAUAUCGUAUUUUUCGGCGAAAACUUACCGGAGCGCUUUUUCAAAUGUGCUAUUGAGGAUUUCCCUAAAUGUGAUUUAUUGUUGAUUUUGGGGACGUCGCUGGUUGUACAACCUUUUGCCAGUAUGGUCAAUGAGGUGUCUGAAGAUGUUCCCCGUUUGCUAAUCAACAGGGAAGAAGCAGGUCGUGCAGGUUUGUUCGAACGCGCCAUGGGCAUUCAGGGAUUAUGCUAUGGAAUGAAUGAAAAUAAGAGGUGA